AACUAAAAAUGGUUAGCAGAAAAAUGAUACUAAUUCUUAUCUUCACCUUCUUCUACAUCAUCACCUCAUCAUUUGCAUCCAAUCCCAGCUACAAUGUGAAGAGUUUCGGAGCAAAUUCCGACGCAAACUCCGACUCCACAAAGGCUUUUCUCAGUGCAUGGUCCGCAGCCUGCGCCACCACGCAACCGGCAGCGAUCUACAUUCCACCGGGUCGUUAUUUGUUACGCAACGCACUCUUCAAUGGCAAAACGUGCAAAAAUAAGGCCAUUACUAUUCGCAUUGAUGGCACUUUGGUGGCUCCCUCUGAUUACAAUGCUAUUGGGAACAGUGGUACCUGGUUGAAGUUCCAAAAGGUCGCCGGACUUUCCAUCUCCGGGGGAACCCUAGACGGGCAAGGAACGAAAUUGUGGGCUUGCAAGAACUCCAGCAAGAGUUGCCCCAAAGGAGCUGCGUCCCUGGCAUUCUACAGUUCAAACAACAUAUCCAUCGACUCAUUGUCCUCCUUAAACAGCCAAAUGUUUCACAUUCUCAUCUACAAUUGCCACAAUGCCAAUCUCAAUAACGUCAAAAUCUCUGCCCCUGUCAAUAGCCCUAACACCGACGGAAUCCAUCUGCAACAGUCGUCAGGAGUCACUAUUACCAACUCUCGUGUUGGCACUGGCGACGAUUGUGUCUCCAUAGGCCCCGGGACCUCCAACUUGUGGAUCGAAAACCUCUCUUGUGGCCCUGGUCACGGGAUAAGUAUAGGUAGUCUAGGUUGGGAGUUGCAAGAGGCAGGAGUUGAGAACGUGACCGUUAAAACGGCAACUUUCACCGGAACAGAAAACGGUGUGAGAGUGAAGACCUGGGCAAGACCAAGCAACGGAUUUGUUAAACAUGUCCUCUUCCAACAUAUUGUCAUCGUUAAUGCCCAAAACCCUAUUAUCAUAGACCAACAAUACUGCCCCCACCACAAUUACUGUCCUACACAGGGCUCAGGCGUGAAAAUUAGCGAUAUAACAUACCAAGAUGUACGCGGAACAUCUGCAACGGAGGUAGCGGUGAAAUUUGACUGUAGCAAAUCAAAUCCAUGCACUGGAAUUACACUUGAUAAAGUGAAUCUCACCUGCAGAGAUAAGCCAGCUAUUGCAUCCUGUGCCUAUGCGGGGGGAACGGCUUCUGGUGAUGUUGAGCCCAAUAGUUGCUUCUAGGCAAAAAAAUUCAUCACCAAAAAUGUAUGUAUAUGUAUAUCAAGUGAAAAAUGGCAACAAUUAAGGCUCCGAAGUAGCUACAAAUGUUACACCCUACCUAUACCUACCAUAUGUAGGAAGAGGUAGACGUUAAUUUGGAUGAAAUACUAACUAAGUAAUUGAU